ACUCAGAACUCUGUGUAUUUUUUUGUAAAUUUCGUUUCGCAUCAGAAAGCAGUGGCUGGCUGGUUGAGUCUUUGCUUCCCUCAGUUUUAGGCUGACAGCCUUGCUACUGCUCACACACACACACACACACACACACACACACACACACAGACACUCGGCUCUGCGUCGGAGGAGGGAGCGAGCCCUGCGAUGCCAUUUCGGGCUGAACCUGCUUCGUCUUGACAGUGCGUGGCUGUAGCCAAUGCCCGGUCUCUCAGUGUCACGUUUUCCUCUCCAGCUACAACAAUGUUCCGACGCACUAAAAGUUGCCGCACCAGUAACAGGAAGAGCCUGAUCCUGACCAGCACCUCGCCCACGCUGCCCCGCCCACAUUCCCCGCUGCCGGGCCACAUCGGAAGCAGCCCCCUGGACAGCCCCCGGAACUUCUCGCCCAGUGCCCCGGCUCACUUCUCCUUUGCUUCGUCCAGAAGGGCGGAUGGUCGACGCUGGUCCCUGGCCUCGCUGCCCUCUUCGGGAUAUGGGACCAAUACCCCCAGCUCUACGGUACCAUCCUCCAGCUCCUCCCAGGAGCGGCUGCACCAGCUUCCCUCCCAGCCCACCAUGGACGAGCUGCACUUCCUAUCCAAGCACUUUGGCAGCACAGAGAGCAUCACGGACGAUGACGGGGGGCGCCGCUCGCCGCACGUGCGCCCACGCUCCCGCAGCCUCAGCCCAGGACGGUCGCCCUCCUGCUAUGACAAUGAGAUCGUCAUGAUGAAUCAUGUCUACAAGGAGCGAUUCCCCAAGGCCACGGCUCAGAUGGAGGAGCGUCUGGCCGAGUUCAUCCAGGCCUUCUCGCCGGAGAACGUGCUGCCGCUGGCUGAUGGGGUCCUCAGCUUCAUCCACCACCAGAUCGCCGAGCUGUCCCGCGACUGCCUGACGAAAGCGCGCGACGGCCUCAUCACCUCCGUCUACUUCCUGGAGCUGCAGGAGAACCUAGAGAAGCUGCUUCAGGAUGCGUACGAGCGUUCAGAGAGCUCUGAGGUGGCGUUCGUCACUGAGCUGGUGAAGAAACUCCUCAUCAUCAUCUCCCGCCCUGCCAGGCUGCUGGAAUGCUUGGAGUUCAACCCGGCGGAAUUCUACCAUCUCCUGGAGGCGGCGGAGGACCACGCCAAGGAGGGUCACUUGAUGAAGACGGACAUCCCCCGCUACAUCAUCAGCCAGCUGGGCCUCACCAGGGACCCGCUGGAGGAAAUGGUGAACCUUGACAGCUAUGACAGCGAGGGACCCCACACCCCAGAGACAGAUGACUCUGCGGAGGGCAAACUGCGAGCCAAGAAACCACCCACCGAAGCUGACUUCCAGACUAUCAAGUUGAUCAGCAACGGGGCAUAUGGGGCGGUGUACUUGGUGAGACACAGGGAGACACGUCAGCGUUUUGCCAUGAAGAAGAUCAACAAGCAGAACCUGAUCCUGAGGAACCAGAUCCAGCAGGCCUUCGUGGAGCGGGACAUCCUGACCUUCGCUGAGAACCCCUUUGUGGUCAGCAUGUUCUGCUCCUUCGAGACUCGCCGGCACCUCUGCAUGGUCAUGGAGUACGUGGAAGGAGGAGACUGUGCUACCCUGCUUAAGAACAUCGGGGCCCUGCCUGUAGAGAUGGCCCGCAUGUACUUCGCUGAGACCGUCCUGGCCCUAGAGUAUUUGCAUAACUAUGGGAUUGUUCACCGUGACCUCAAGCCUGACAACCUGUUGAUCACUUCCAUGGGACACAUCAAGCUGACUGAUUUCGGCCUGUCCAAAAUGGGUCUGAUGAGCCUGACCACAAACCUUUAUGAGGGUCACAUUGAGAAGGACGCCCGCGAGUUCCUGGACAAGCAGGUGUGCGGCACCCCGGAGUACAUUGCCCCUGAGGUGAUCCUGCGACAGGGCUACGGCAAACCCGUGGACUGGUGGGCCAUGGGCAUCAUCCUGUACGAGUUCCUGGUGGGCUGCGUGCCCUUCUUCGGCGACACGCCUGAGGAGCUCUUUGGACAGGUCAUCACGGAUGAUAUUGUCUGGCCAGAGGGUGAUGAAGCACUGCCGGUAGAUGCCCAGAGCCUGAUCUCCAGUCUGCUGCAAACCAACCCCCUGCUGCGUCUGUGCACAGGGGGCGCCCAUGAAGUGAAGCAGCAUGCAUUCUUCUCUGAGCUGGACUGGAACAGCCUGCUGAGGCAGAAGGCUGAGUUCAUCCCCAACCUGGAGUCCGAGGAGGACACCAGCUACUUCGACACACGCUCAGAGCGCUACCACCACAUCAACUCCUAUGACGAGGACGACACGAAUGACGACGACGAGCCUGUGGAGAUACGGCAGUUUUCCUCCUGCUCGCCGCGCUUCAGCAAGGUAUACAGCAGCAUGGAGCACCUGUCACAACUGGAGCAGAAGCCGACCACUGUCACAAGGAGGGAACACAAGGGCCCCAAGGAGGACAAAGUCAUCAAGAGGGAGAGCAUGGGUAGCCUCACCAUGCGGGACAAGAGCUGGCGGACGGGCUCUCCAGAGAUGAAGCGCCUAUCCUGCUCUGAGUCCCUGUACAUGGAAGGAGACUCCAGCCCCCCCCUGGGAGCCCGCAGACGGUUCUCCGCCCUGAUGGACACACAUCGGUUUGCGUCCCCCUUAGAGGCCGACUCGGAGAUCCCAGCCCGGCAACCGCCCCUCAAAGCCAGGGGAAUGUCAUUGGAGGGAACGACGGUCCCGCCCCCAGGACAGGUGGAACAGAAGGCCACCUUAAAGGAGGGGGUGGAGCCUGCUGCAGGAGAAAAACCAGCAAAGCCCAGUGAGAUGGUUGCAGAAAUUCCCACUCCCCUCGUUGCUGGUGCUGUGGGUGUCAUCAAAGAGGCAGAGACUGUGGACCCUCACGGGCCCCAGGCCACGAAUGACCUGGUACUGCGCCGGGUACGGCACCAGCAGCUGUCCAGCGAGGGGGAGAAGCGCAGCUCCAGACCUGGGACCAAGGUCAUAAAGUCAGCCUCGGCCACCGCUCUGUCUGUCAUCAUCCCUGCAGUGGAGCAGCACGUCAGCUCCCCGCUCGCCAGCCCUAUGUCACCCCGCUCACUUUCCUCUAACCCCUCCUCACGAGACUCCUCCCCCAGCCGCGAUUACUCCCCCGCGGUCAGCAUGUUGCGCUCACCAAUCACCAUCCACCGUUCCGGCAAGAAGUACGGCUUCACCCUGCGCGCCAUCCGCGUCUACAUGGGUGACAGUGAUGUCUACAGCGUGCACCACAUUGUCUGGCACGUGGAAGAGGGAGGCCCCGCCCACGAAGCAGGACUGUGUGCCGGUGACCUCAUAACCCAUGUGAACGGGGAGCCUGUCCACGGAUUGGUCCAUACAGAAGUGGUAGAACUCAUAUUGAAGAGUGGGACCAAGGUGACAGUGACCACCACACCCUUUGAGAACACCUCCAUCAAAGUUGGCCCGGCACGCAAGUCCAGCUACAAGUCUAAGAUGGCCCGUCGCAACAAGAGGACUGUGGGCAAGGAAGGACAAGAGAGCAAGAAACGAAGUUCCCUGUUCCGGAAAAUCACCAAACAGGCCAACCUGCUGCACACCAGCCGCAGCCUGUCCUCCCUCAACCGCUCGCUGUCGUCCAGUGAGAGCCUCCCCGGCUCACCCACCCACAGUCUCUCCGCCCGCUCCCCGACCCAGAGCUAUCGCUCCACCCCCGACUCUUCUCACCUUGGGGCGUCGUCCCAGAGUAGCUCCCCAGCCUCCAGCACUCCCAACUCACCAGCGGCGUCCCAGCACAUGAGGCCCAGCUCCCUGCAUGGCCUGUCCCCCAAACUGCACCGGCAGUACCGCUCGGCGCGCUGCAAGUCCGCCGGCAACAUCCCACUGUCGCCACUGGCGCACACGCCCUCGCCGACUCAGUCCUCGCCGCCACCGCUGCCCGGACACACUGUUGGCAGCUCCAAUACCACACAGGCCUUCCCCGCGAAGCUGCACUCCUCGCCGCCCGUGGUGCGACCAAGGCCCAAGAGUGCCGAGCCUCCCCGGUCCCCAUUACUGAAGCGCGUGCAGUCGGCUGAAAAGCUAGGCUCGCCCCUCACCUCCACACAGGACAAGAAGGUGGGCGGAGGCGCCGGCAGUGGUAUGAUCCGGAAGCACAGUCUAGAAGUAUCCCAUCCGGACUACCGCAAGGAGCCCUUCCACAGUGAGCUGGGCCUGCAGAGCCUGCUGGAGACUGAGGGGGAGAACCUCCCGCCCCACACCUGCUCCUCACCUACUGCAGGUGAGACUGGAACCCUUAAGCCGGUGAGGAAGCUGGGGAGGCAGGAGUCUCCCCUCAGCCGGGAUGCUCUGCUGGCCAGCAGGGAGAAGCACUCGGAAGCCGGAGAGGGGAGUAGUGGAGGGCUGGGGGUGCUUCACGAGAAAUCGCCAACUAAAACCGAGUCCCCCGAGGAGCUGCAAGCACCUCCUAAACUUCCAUCAAAUGACAUCGCCAGGACGAAACCUGCAGCAGCAACAGCAGCGACGGGGGAAACUCAACCCUCAUCUGCCUCAUCACUGCCGCAAACGUCCACCCCGACUGGCCCAUCUCCUGCUAUAAAGGUGCCCACAGCGGAUCUACCGAGUUCGAGUUAUGAGCCGAAGAUACUAGAGAAGCUUCUGGCAGUGGGAGAGGCCCAGAGCCGGGCUGACCGAGGUGCCAAACAGCAGGCCCCCCAGACAGAGAAAAGUUGUGCUGAAAAAGCACAGGAUAAAGAUGGGCAAAAAAUCUCACUGCAAUUGUGUGACAGGAAACCGAUGAGUUUAAAGGGGGAACGAGAAGAAAAGAGCAGUCUGGGAGAACAGAAAGACACAGCAUUGGUCACAGAAAUGACCAAGCCGGGCAAAACCACAGGAACUGAAGACAGCAUUAAACUAGAACAAUUUAGCGGAACAGAUAAACCUCCUGAAACAAGAGUGAAGGGCCUUGAAAGUUUGUCCCAAUGCCAAUCAUUGGCUUUGGGAUCAUCACAGACUGCAGGCUCAUCCUCAGCUGCAGGACCAUCAUGGACUGCAGGCUCAUCAUCAUCUGCAGGAUCAUCACAGGCUGCAAUCUCAUCCUCAGCUGCAGGACCAUCACAGGCUGCAGGAUCAUUAUCAGCUCCAGGAUCAUCACAGACUGCCGGCUCAUCGUCAACUGCAGGACCAUCACAGACUGCAAGAUCAUUAUCAGCUCCAGGACCAUCACAGACUGCCGGCUCAUCGUCAACUGCAGGACCAUCACAGACUCCCGGUUCAUCGUCAACUGCAGGACCAUCACAGACUGCAAGAUCAUUAUCAGCUCCAGGACCAUCACAGACUGCCGGCUCAUCAACAACUGCAGGACCAUCACAGACUCCCGGUUCAUCGACAACUGCAGGACCAUCACAGACUGCCAGCUCAUCGACAACUGCAGGACCAUCACAGACUGCAGGCUUAUCAUCAACUGCAGGACCAUCACAGACUGCAGGCUUAUCAUCAACUGCAGGACCAUCACAGACUGCAGGCUUAUCAUCAACUGCAGGACCAUCACAGACUGCAGGAUCAUUAUCAGCUCCAGGAUCAUCACAGACUGCUGGCUCAUCAUCAACUGCAGGAUCAUCACAGACUGCAGAUUCAUCAUCAACUGCAGGACCAUCACAGACUGCAGGCUUAUCAUCAGCUGUAGUACCAUCACAGACUGCCGGCUCAUUGUCAACUGCAGGAUCAUUACAGACUGCAGGAUCAUUAUCAGCUGUAGGAUCAUCACAGACUACAGGCUCUGCAUCAGCUGCAGGAUCAUCACAGAUUGCAGUCUCAUCAUCAGCUCCAGGACCAUCACAGUCUCCAAGCUUUUCACCUGCACGUGGAUCAUCACAGAUUGCAUCAGGAUCAUCACAGUCUCCAAGCUUUUCACCUGCACGUGGAUCAUCACAGACUACAGGCUUAUUAGCAGCAGCAGGACUAUCACAAUCCACAGGCUUAUCGCCUGCACGGGUGUCAUCACAAACUGCCUCAAAAUCAUCACAGACUGCAGGCUUAUCAACUUCAGGAUCAUCACAGACCCCAAGCUCAUCACCUGCACGUGGAUUUCCACAGACUUUUUCAGGACCAUCUAAAGCCACAGGCCUAUCUCCUGUACGUGGAUCAUCACAGACUUCUUUAGGAUCACCACAGACUACAAGUCUAUCACCUGCUCCUGGAGCAACACAGGCUGUAAACUCAUCACUGGUUCCAGGAACAUCACACAGAACAGGUUCAACUCAUCCCACCACUUCACAGAUUCUAGGUUCGGUCUCAGCUGUAGGGAAGCCACAGGCUCCAGGAUCAUCAUUAGCUGUAGGCCAGCCACUUGUGGUGGACAAGCCACCAGGUCCAAGUUCAACAACAGCUGUACGCCAGUCAGCAACCCCAGGGACAUCGCUGGCUGCAGUCCGACCACUGGCUUCAGCUUCUUCCUCAACUUCAGGGACUUCUUUUGUCCCAUCUUUAGCCUCAUUGCCAUCUCAAGCCCCAGCAUCAUCUCGGACUUCAUUGAUGACUAAACCUAGACAGGGCAAAGGUUUGGCUCCGGUGAACUGUUAUCGAGGGGCUUUGGGGUGGGAGGAGAAAGGUCUCCUGGAGGUGGUGGAAGAACAUCCAUCUACUCCUACCCAGUCCCCCACUGCUGCCUCCGCAAGUUCCAGAUCUCGGCCCAUUUCUCCUGCUGAAAAGUCAAGUUUCGUCACGCAUCUUAGCAGCGUGGCCAAAACCGUCCUGGGGCCUAUCAAGAUGGGUUCUCAGGAGGUCCUCAAGGGGAAACACAGUUUCGGUGCAGCAGACGAGAGCAAGGGCAGCUCAGCUGGAAAGUCUGAGGCUUCUUCUGGAGGUCGAUCAGCGCAUCGCACAGCGGGCCCAAGUGCAGCCGGCACUACCCCGCCGGAGAGAGGAGAGAAACCGGGCAAGCAUCACUCAUGAUCAUCAGGUUGGGGGCAGAAAUGGUGUAUGAUUUCAGGAACUACAAAGAACGUUCGGGAAUGUUGGCGAUAUUUAGGGGAAGGCAUGAAAAAUGCCCACGAGGUGUGUAUCUAAAUUAGAAUAGACCAAAAUAAACAAACACAAUCACUGUUAAGGUGCUUCAGUGGCUGUUUUCAUACAUGUACAUACAUGUCAUUGCGCCAUGGAUCUCUCUCUCUCUCUCUCUCAACCUGUUAUUGAUACAAUGCAUGUUACAUAUAGUCGGUCUGUAUAAAACUGAAAACAGUGCUUUACUGAACUAAGAAUCCUGAAUACUGUGAACACCAAAUAUAACCACUCAAUCCUGAAGUUAUCAGUUUGUCAAAAGCUUGGGUUAAGUGUUCUGAUAACAGAGAAAUGACACAUGUGGUCAGGAGAGGUACUGACCGAAAUAACAAUAAAACACCCAGUUAAGUUGUAUGGCUGUUAUGGGUUUUACAGAGAAAAUCUAUCUUAAGGAACCACACUACACCAUAUAUUUGAAAUGCAUGGUCUUGUGAUUUUCCCCUGUAAAGCCUUUCUGCUGUGGAAUACUUUGGAGCCUGUCGAGUCAGAACUGCAAUUCAGAGUCAACUGAACUAUUUACACACCCUGAUGUGAAAACUAUCUGCAAGUAAGAUCAAGCCCAGGGUUCAAAAUGAGAACUUUGUGUCGUAGUUGAUCUUUUACAAAGGUCAUUUUCAGAGCUCCUUCUUUCACAGUUAGUGAAAGACAGGGAAUUAGAGAGCAGUAAAAUAUGCAGAAGAAUGAAAUGCAGAAAUAUGUACAGGACAACUUUUUGUGUUUGGAUGCUGUAUUAUAAAUAAUUAUCGUUACUGUUGUUUUAUCCCAUUAUUUAUUUGCCACUUUUAUUUAAUUGGUUUUCUUCUUCUUAAUGUUUUUCAUGGUGUUGGGUUGUUAGUGACUUAGGGUUACCUCACCCACCUGUUUGCAAUUUCUUCCCAAGUGAUUUGUUUACAGGAGUCUGAGGAAGGCAAUCGCAGAGGCUCUGUCAGGCAUCCAAGGACCAAAAAAUGGUGACCAUGCAGUGUUGUGAGCCAUCUGCAGUACUGCAAACGAAUGACUCUCCCAGGACCAUACAAGAGCUAAAGUCCUGCUGUGUCACUGCCAUGUUUGAUUUGGCUCUCUGGGUAGUGAGUGGUGUACGUCUAAAAAGACCCACCAACCACAAGAGCUUUGAUUCCAAAUUUGUCGAUCAAAGAACACAAUGCAAGACGGAAAACAGACCUGGUGUACAAUGGUUUUUAAAGAUCUGAAAGAUUUUGCACUGUGUAUCACACACAUGUCCAGAUUUUCCCUUCUAUAUCUUACUCCUUAACUCUCACACACAAACACAGAGAUGUACUUCUGUGUGUGAAAUAUGAAAAGGCUGAGCCAAGUUACCAGAUGGGAGCUCUGACAGGACAGCUGAAGUCAGGAGUUUCCCGACUCGUUUGACUAAACAUCACCCUCUAGUGGUCAAUAUAAUUACAUACAUGAAUUGCUCGUGACUUAAAUUCCAUUAUUGCGGGCCAACAUCACAUGGCCUGAGAGUCAUGGUUACAAAAGUUAUUAAAUUUGACUUACCAUUUCAUAGCAGCACCUUAAUGUAGCAUUAUAAGAACAUUUUGUACUCAUAUUUUAUGCUGUUAUUAAAUAGUAACCCUUGUAUUCUGUAGUAUUAUGUUCUUUCUGUCCCAUAAAAGAAUUACACUUUGUAUUUAUGUAUAAUUCCUGUCCAUUCGUGUGUGAGGUUAUGUGUGUAUGUCUGCGUGCGUGCUUAUAUGUAAGAAUAUGAGAUUAAAUACAUUGUAUUUAUUUAAGCCUUAAAGGAUAGGGACUUUUGGUUGAUUUGCAUUUAAGACCCUAUCAGAUUUCAGGAAUAAGGAAAUGUUAUUUUGAUUUAUUUUGUUGUUUCGGUACAGUCUCAGUUUUAUUUUUAAAAAGUGCCCUAUAGCUUAAAUGUGACGAACACACACAAUUAUUUCAAUGCCUCCAAGACAAGAUUUAAUGAAAUAACCAGAUCGAUCUCAUACAUACACAGAGACAAUAACCUGAGUGAGUCCGUUAAGGUGUUAGCCAUUUCUGAAAUUGCUUCUACAAAAGAUUUAAAGGUUUGAAAUAGUCCAGAGUUGCAUGGGUUAUGGCUGCAAUUCGAAGGUGCUUUUGCUGGGUUUAAGAUCCACGAUGUUAUUGGUCACAUGCAGAUAUACUGGUACAGCUUGCAGUGAAAUAUAAUGUUUGUGGCCAGCAGCUGGCAGAAACUGUACAUUUUGUAGAUUUUGCAUGGUGCUGCUUCAUGCAACCUGGAUCAUGCAUCUCAAAGUUGUUUUCAGUGCUGACAUUUUUGGAACAACUUUAAUUUUUCAGAAAAAAAAGUGGGUUAUAUAUUUUGGUUUGCUUUCUUGUAAUGCCACAUCUUUUAUGUAUGUAUCAUAUUCUUAUAUAUGUGUGUGCGUGUGUUUGUGCGUGAGCAUGGGUGUGUAUGUGUAUGUAUUUAUGCAAUGGUUGUUGCAGAGUAGUACAGUCAGUGAACCGUUGGUUGUGUGGAGACAAAAAAAUGCUCAUUUAACCUGUAGUACCUACUUGUUAGUGUGUGUUUCUAAUUUGCAAACAUAUUUUAGGAUUUUUUUGCUUGGAUAAAGUAUUGUGGUAGAAUCAGAUAUGUGUCCAUGAGAAAAUAUUAUCCUUAUCGUCAUAGUUUAAUUUUAGAGAUUAAAAAAAUUAAUGCACUUUAUUUAAAUACAGAUUUUAUUUAUUUAUAUGUAUGAUGCUUGUUUGUAUAUUUAUGUAUUAUCAGUAAGAACAAAAGACAUAUGCAUAUUAUUUAUUAGUAUUGUUUAUAAAGAUUCCAGUAUGGUAACCGCAUACCCACUGACACAGGGCAGCACGGUGGGUGGCUGUUUUCAUGGGAUGUAUUAGUUUUUUUGGUGUACAAGUGUGACUUUAUACCGUUAUUUUUCAUAUUUGUUUUCUCUCCUCUAGAGCACUUGUAAUUGGAUGUGAUUCCAAACCAAAAGACAUCUAAAAUACAGUAAAGUGUAAUAAAGUUCUAGGAAAUCA